GUGAGUUGUGACACCGGAUCACGCUCUCGAUACCUAUUAUUACACCAUCAGAUUUUAUAUCGCUACCAUUCCAUGCCGUUGGAGUAACAGUAAUUUGAAAAAUGGGUUCUCCAAACGCGCUUCUGAACCUCUAUUGUGAGAGAGGAAAUUGGCGGGAACUAACGGCUUUAUAUCAACAAAUACGAAAACAACGCUUCCAGCCCAACUCCUUCACCUUCUCCGCUCUUCUCAAACCCUUCUCCUGUGCCCACCCUCCUCCUCAUCAGCACGGCCAAUCCAUUCACGCCGAUGCUAAUAAGCGUGGGUUCAUUGGCUCCGAUCACUAUGUGACCAAUGCCCUUAUAACCGUGUAUUGUGGACAUGGGUCGCUGCAGAGUGCACGCAAGCUGUUCGAUGAAAUCCCUGUUCGAAGCACCGUUUGUUGGAACACUGUGAUAUCAGGGUUCUUCCAUGCUGGAUACUGUGAUGGAGCCCGCAAACUCUACGAAGAGAUGCAACGGUUGCAGCAGCCUCCCAAUGACAUCACCUGGUCGGCCAUGGUGGCAGGCUACAGUCAGAAUGACCAACCUGAGAAUGCAUUGCGUGUUUUCAAGCAAAUGAGAGGAGAAUAUGAUGAAAUGGGUUCUUCUUUUUCGCCUAAUUCUCACAUCUUUGCUACUGUUUUCUCUUCUUGUGGAAAAGUGAGAGACCUUGGUUUUGGAGAGCUAGUCCAUGGUUAUGUUGUGAAGAUAAGCACAUAUAUUGAGGAUGAUGUUUUUGUUGGAAGCACUCUUGUCGAUAUGUAUGGUAAAUGUGGUUGUCUGGAACAAGCUAGGCUUGUCUUUGAUUCUAUGGUGAAGAGAUGUGUGGUAACCUGGUCUGUGCUUGUAGCAACUUAUGUACAUAAUGGUUGCCCUGUUCAUGCUGUUGAGGCUUUUAGGGAGAUGGUUUGUGAGGGUGCGGAACCCAAUUAUGUUACUCUGACCACACUUGUCACAGCGUGUGCCAACACUUCAAGCUUGAUUUUAGGGAAGGAACUUCAUGGUUUUAUUAUUCGGAAAAGAGAGAUGGACCUAGAUGUUUUUAUUUCAACAUCCUUGAUAGACAUGUAUGGUAAGUGCAGUUAUAUGGUAUAUGCUCGUCAGAUAUUUGAGAUGAGCAAGCCUUAUCUGAGAUGCAGUGGAACGGCAAUGUGGAAUGCAACUAUUUCUGGUUAUGUGGAGAACAAUUUUCUUGAUGAUGCAUGGGCUGUGUUCCGAUCUAUGAAUCAAAGUGGUGGCACCAAGCCCAACUCUAUCACUAUGGCCAUUGUUCUUCCGUUGUGUGCUAGAUCUGCUAAGCUCUUGUAUGGAAAAGAAAUCCACUGUUAUACUCUUAAAAAUGGUUUAGAUGAAGAAACACUUGUAGGGAAUGGUCUGUUGGACAUGUAUUCUAGGUCUGGGAGGCUCCUAUUGGCAGAGAAUCAAUUUAAAAAAAUGAAUAAAAAGAAUCGAAUCACAUGCACUUCAAUGAUUGAUGGCUACGGAAUGCACGGAGAUGGGAAAGGUGCAAUGAGGGUUUUUGAGGAUAUGGUAAGAGAACAGGGUGUAAGUCCAGAUCAUAUCACAUUCGUGGCACUGAUCUCUGCAUGUAGCCAUGCAGGUCUAGUAGAGGAGGGGCUCAGAUACUUCAAAGCAAUGCAUAGGGACUAUGGAAUUGUUCCAAUGGAGGAGAAUUACGGUUCUGUUGUUGAUCUGCUUGCACGUUCUGGGCAGUUAGAAGAAGCUAUAAAUUUGAUAAGAAAGAUGCCAAUGAAGGCAGGUGGUAGCGUUUGGGGAGCAUUACUUGGUGCAUGUAGGAUACAUGGGUAUACUGAAGAGGCUGAGCAUGCAGCGGAAAGUCUACUCAAACUGGUGCCUAAUGAGGGAGGCUUUCAGAAGUUGUUGUCAAGUAUAUAUGCAGAUAUGGGCAAGCUGGACAGCGUUGCAGAGGUAAGGAGAGGAAUGAGAGAAACGAGUGUGCUUGAAAGGAAGGGGUUUAGUUGGUUGGAGACCAAAGAAGGGAUAUAUGGAUUUUCUGUGGGGCAAUAAAAUUUGUUUCCAAGACAGAAUGGACUUGUAACUAAUGCAGUCUUCCAAACCGAAGGUUUCUGCAAUUAUAUUUCUCUCAGUCUGGAAACCAUGGGUUGAUGAUUUCACAAAAUACAGGAGAAGGAUGGUUAGAAAGGGAAACAAUGGCUGUUUGCAUGAAAAUGAUUGACCAACUUCAAUUUGGGUUGAAGAAGAGAGGAAAUGGAUUCACAAAGAAUCAUGGUAUUCCAUGACAAUUUUUUUCAAUAGGAAAUUUGAUCUGCUGUUCGGUAAAGCAACUACUGAUAAACCUCUACACCAACUUAUGGGUGACUUACUUCAUCAAGUCACGUAGUAUUCAAAGAACAGUUGGGAAGAGUCCCACCAGAUUUUUACUGCUAAAGAUGAAGUUUGGGAUCAUUCUAUAUCAGAACCUGAUAUGAAGUCUGACAGGCUUAAUAGCUUCACAUUCUGCAAGAAGUUGAAGCAUUAAUCUCUGGAGGUACAAAAGGAAACUAUGUCUUACAUGUACAGUAGAAGUGCCAAAAGAAGGUAAUGGCGAAAUUGGAUCUUCACUUUUUAUUGAGAUCCGAUGCCGUGCAGGAACAGUCCAAAUCAAGUUCAGAUAUGAUGUCUUCUAAGAUGCGCAACCCAACAAGCAUCAACUGCAUUGAACUCUGUAAUUAAUGAAAAACAAGUUAGCAAAGUCCAGGCAGUAUUCAUAUGAUAGGUGAUUGGAAUAAUUACAAGAAUUUAACGGUUGGAUUCAAUAUUCGUAAAGUCAGUUAAACAUUUGAGAGAUGCAAGUAUUCAAUUUCUCUUAUGAUGCUGAAAGGCCGUCAAUAUUUUUUCCGGCUAAAGAUAGAAUCUGGGGCUGACUUACCUUUAGAAAUUUAAACUGGAUGGCUCUGUUUUUAGUCAAUCAUUUUUGCUGUAUGUGUUCUUGGUUGGUGACAUGUAAUAGCUACUGGGCUGUUGGGAUUUCAUUUGAGGUUCCAACCAUGUAUAACUUUGGUGGCAAGAGUAUUGCUCAUGCUGAUUCAUGGUCAUGCGCAUGAACUUGAAUGCAACAAUAAAUCAAACCGGUUAUAC